AUGGCCAAGGUUUCGCGGUCCGACAGCUUACAGGGAGCCAGCACAGGGUCGGCCGGGGUGCCGCUCCAGGGUUGGGGGAACAGUCGGGGACGGGCGAUGACUUUUCAGGUUUGGGGGUGGCGGAAGGAAGCGUCUCAGGUUUUGGCCUGGGUGCCGGACGCCGAGGGCGGGAGAGGGACAGCGAUGCGGCGCAGGACCCCGGCUACAAAAGACCCGACAGCUGUAGAGAGAGCAAACUUGUUAAACAUGGCUAAACUCAGUAUCAAAGGACUCAUUGAAUCUGCUCUAAGCUUUGGCCGCACUUUGGAUUCCGAUUAUCCCCCCUUGCAGCAGUUCUUCGUUGUUAUGGAACAUUGUCUGAAACAUGGUCUUAAAGUGAGAAAAUCAUUUCUGAGUUAUAACAAAACUAUCUGGGGCCCUUUGGAACUGGUGGAGAAGCUGUACCCAGAAGCAGAAGAAAUAGGAGCUAGUGUCCGGGAUUUACCUGGUCUUAAGACCCCCCUGGGUCGUGCAAGAGCAUGGCUUCGAUUAGCCCUCAUGCAGAAAAAAAUGGCUGAUUACCUGCGUUGCUUAAUUAUUCAAAGGGAUCUCUUGAGUGAAUUCUAUGAGUAUCAUGCACUAAUGAUGGAAGAAGAAGGCGCAGUAAUUGUCGGGCUGCUGGUUGGCCUGAAUGUGAUAGAUGCUAAUCUGUGUGUAAAGGGGGAGGAUUUAGACUCGCAGGUUGGAGUGAUUGAUUUUUCAAUGUAUCUAAAGAAUGAAGAAGAUAUUGGAAAUAAAGAAAGGAAUGUUCAAAUUGCUGCAAUAUUAGACCAGAAGAAUUAUGUUGAAGAAUUAAAUAGACAACUGAACAGCACAGUCAGCAGUCUCCAUUCAAGAGUUGACUCAUUAGAAAAGUCAAAUACUAAGCUGAUUGAAGAGUUAGCAAUAGCAAAGAAUAAUAUCAUUAAACUCCAAGAAGAAAAUCAUCAAUUACGAAGUGAAAAUAAAUUGAUUUUAAUGAAAACACAGCAGCACCUAGAGGUUACCAAAGUAGAUGUGGAAACUGAGCUUCAAACAUAUAAGCAUUCCAGGCAAGGGCUAGAUGAAAUGUAUAAUGAAGCCAGAAGGCAGCUUCGAGAUGAAUCUCAGUUAAGACAGGAUGUGGAGAAUGAGCUGGCAGUACAAGUUAGUAUGAAACAUGAGAUUGAACUUGCCAUGAAGUUGUUGGAGAAAGAUAUCCAUGAGAAACAAGAUACUCUGAUAGGCCUUCGACAACAACUGGAGGAAGUUAAAGAAAUUAACAUAGAAAUGUAUCAAAAGUUGCAGGGUUCUGAAGAUGGUUUGAAAGAAAAAAAUGAAAUAAUUGCCCGACUAGAAGAAAAAACCAGUAAAAUUACUGCAGCCAUGAGGCAACUGGAACAAAGAUUGCAGCAAGCAGAGAAGGCGCAAAUGGAAAUUGAAGAUGAGGACAAGAAAUAUCUACAAGAGUAUCAGAGUAAAUUCGACAGUCUGCAGAAACAAAUCUCCCAAAAGGAGAAACAGUUGGUGCAACUGGAAACCGAUCUGAAGAUUGAGAAGGAAUGGAGACAGACUUUGCAGGAAGAUCUUCAAAAGGAGAAAGACACCGUAUCUCAUCUCAGAAAUGAGACCCAACAGAUCAUUACUCUUAAAAAAGAGUUCCUUAACCUCCAGGAUGAAAAUCAGCAGUUGAAAAAAAUAUAUCAGGAACAGGAGCAAGCUCUUCAAGAACUUGGCAACAAGCUUAGCGAAUCAAAACUUAAAAUCGAAGACAUAAAAGAAGCCAACAAAGCAUUGCAGGGACUGGUUUGGUUGAAAGACAAAGAAGCAACACAUUGUAAACUUUGUGAAAAGGAAUUCUCACUGUCUAAGAGAAAGCACCACUGUAGAAAUUGUGGGGAAAUUUUCUGUAAUGCCUGUUCUGACAACGAACUGCCUUUGCCUUCUUCACCGAAGCCAGUACGGGUUUGUGAUUCCUGUCACGCAUUACUGAUUCAAAGAUGUUCAUCUAACUUGCCAUAA